AAUUCUGCAAGUGGUUCUGAUUUACUAUCGCUGUUCUCUAGCUGGUCUAAAACCGCUUUUAACAUAAAGGGAUUCUUUUUGGACGCCAUGGACUUUUCUCAGUUUCCAGGCAGAAAGAAUGGUAAAAAUGCAGGCAGGGCACAGGACAAAGCACUAGGGACACAAUGUAUGUGAAAUGCUUUGAAACAUGAAUGUAAAUUUUAAAAAAUUUUAAAUUUCCUGCCGGUUCCGGCCCCUGUACGUCUCGUAUGUCCCGACACUCGCAGGGACCAGAACCCGGAAGACAGAUGCCAGCAUCGGCCAGAGGAGAUGGCCGGGGACGCUGCAGGGGACACAU